CUCACAGGCAGAUUAAUGUAGGAUUUGAGCACCUGACUAAGUAACGGGAAACUGCUGAUGGCUGUAUGAACGCGGAGUGAAACCUUUUAAUUUAAUUGCUACAUGGAUUAAUCCAUCGUAAUUCUUAUUUUUUUCUUUGCCUUGCUGUCACUUUUGAAGUCAGAGGAUUGAACCAUGCAUUUGAUUUGUUUUAUUGGCAACUUUUAUUGAUUUAAUGUUUCUGAAGUAGUUGAAAUGAGCCGUCAAACUAUUAAUAUAUAAUUUAUGUCAGUUCUUUUAAAAAUACAGAUCCAAACUGACUGGAAAAAAAGUGGUAUAGCCUAGUGCUUAAUUCAUUGCUCAUUUAUAUUUAACUGAUCAGAAAGUCACAUGCGCUUAGAGAGCGUCUGUCACAUCAGGACACUUAUUUUUGUGCCAGUCGACAUUUAUAAAGGUUGCUAAAUAAGGGUUAGGGUUAUUAUUUUUUAAUUAAACAUGAGAAAGUAUUUUUUCACACGAGCAAAGGUAUUUCCUUGGAUAACUAAUGCCACGCUAUACGGAUGUUUGUUUGCGGGUGGGGAUUUUGCGCAUCAGUGUCUCGCGCAGAAAGAUGAGAUUGACUGGAGCCACACGAAAAACGUGGCGCUCGUGGCCCUCAGUUUCCAAGGUAACUUCAAUUACUUUUGGUUAAAUGCCUUGGAGCGUCGUUUCCCUGGAAGAUCGGCUGGAAUGAUUUUCCGCAAACUGCUUUUGGAUCAAACUUUUGCAUCACCGUUGGCGACCAGUGUCUUCUACACAGGUGUGAGUUUCUUAGAAGGCAAGGAGGACAUAUUUGCAGACUGGCGAGAAAAGUUUUUUAACACAUAUAAGACAGGACUAAUGUACUGGCCAUUCAUGCAGUUUCUGAAUUUCGUUCUGAUGCCUCUAUAUUUGAGAACAGCAUUUAUGGGCUGUUCAGCAUUCUUGUGGGCCACAUUCUUAUGUUUCUCACAUCAAAGUGGAGAUGGGACAGCAGCGGUGGCAUUAGCCUGCGUCAUGGCACCCAAAAAAUCACUUCUAGCUCGAAAUUCUGGUGAAGAAAAAUAGUGAUAAAGUAGGCACAAUAAAUAAAUACUGUGCCUUUGCAGAUUGGCCGACACUGGUGUAUUGAGGUUUUGAUCUGUGUACAAUCCUUAUCAGGUAUCUUAUUAGGAAUUAUAUUAUACUUUUUAUGUUUAUUAAUGCUGAAAUAAAACAUACUUGAAUUUCAAAUUGCAGUGUUAGGUUAGGAUUAAACCUAAAUGCAUUAUUC